AUGGUGUCACCCACUGCCCAGUUGCUCGACACAGUCGCAAACGACCAUCACGCCCACCUCCCUGCGCCCAAGCGACGGCGCUUGUCAUGGCGCACCCAUACCCCCGCCGCCCCAGACGACUUCACAACGCACACUUCCCAUGAUCCACACACGGCCCUGAUGCGCGGCCACGACCACCAAGGUCUCUCGGAGCGGACACGACACCUCGACACAGUAGAGGCAAUCGAGGAGGCUGCCACGACCAAAUCGAAGAAGAUUGAGAAAAUGAUCACGCCAUAUCUCGCCCAGCACAUUCCGCAACAGUACAACCCAGUUGGCGCAAAUGGCACCAGCGCCCACAACCACCAUCCUGCCCAUGGCCAUGACGAGACCCAUGCCACGGCGAACACAAAGUUCUGCUACCGCCACCGUCCAGACCUGCUGUGUCGACGACAAGCAGACGAGCCCAGCAUGGAACAGUUGCAACAGGAACUAGGCCGAGAAUCGCAAGCAGACCAACAGAGCAUCGCUACCGUCUGGUCGCUCUUCUCCGCCGCUCCCUCGCGACACCGCAAUCUCAUGCUCCAGGGCAUCCUCGCCCAAUGCUGCUUCCCCCAACUCUCCUUCAUCUCCUCAUCCGUUCGCAAUCUCAUCAAAAUCGACUUCCUCAGCGCCCUGCCCACGGAACUCGGCUUCAAGAUCCUCUGCCAUCUCGACACCACAUCGCUCUGCAAGGCCGCCCAAGUGAGUCGGAGAUGGCGACAACUGGCCGACGACGAUGUGGUCUGGCACAAGAUGUGCGAGCAACACAUUGACAGAAAGUGCACAAAGUGUGGUUGGGGCCUGCCAUUGCUGGACCAGCGUCGUCUGCGACACGAGAAAAGGAAGAUUCAACUACGAGCGUCUGGACGUGAUUCAAAUCAGUGGUCGCCCGACGUGUCACCCGUACCCGACAUCUCCUCGCCGCCCGCCCCGCUCGCUCACAGUAUAUCGAAUGCAUCCGAUUCGACAAGUGGCGCCAAGCGCGCCGCCUCGGAUGAGGCGGCCUCAUCAGGGACACUCAGUAAACGACAGUGUGCGACGGGUGUCACUUCGGAUGAGCUAGCACCCUAUUUCGAAUUGCAGAAGAAACGCCCGUGGAAAGACGUCUACAAGGACCGUUACAAAGUCGGCACCAACUGGAAAUAUGGACGUUACUCGACUAGGAUUCUCAAAGGUCAUGCUAACGGGGUCAUGUGCCUCCAGUUUGACGAUAAAAUACUCAUCACUGGCUCCUACGACACCACAGUCAAGGUCUGGGAUAUCACGAGUGGUAAGGAAAUUCGGACCCUCACUGGCCACUCCCAGGGCGUCCGGUGUCUACAGUUCGACGACCAUAAAUUGAUUACUGGAAGCUUGGACGGCAGCAUGAAGAUUUGGAAUUGGCGAACGGGCGAGUGUCUCAAGACGCUGGGUGGGCACUCACAGGGCAUCAUCGGCCUUCAUAUGGUGGAUAAGCUACUCGCAUCUGGGUCCUCUGAUUAUACCAUUGUCAUCCACGAUUUUGAAAACUAUCAACGCACCAAGCUCCGCGGCCACACAGACUGGGUCAACGCAGUAAAGAUUGACCUUCCAUCACGCACCCUCUUCUCCGCCUCGGACGACAUGACCGUCAAGCUGUGGGACCUCGAUAGCCAACGCUGCAUCCGUACCUACGAAGGCCACGUCGGCCAGGUUCAACAGGUGCUUCCGCUACCCCACGAGUUUGAAAUCGACGAGGAUGACUUUGCACCCAAUGCCAACAACGACAACUCGGACACGGCAUCCCUCUCAUCCGACACUCCACAACACCACCACCCCGACGAAACCCACCGCUAUCCCUCUCUGUCUUUCUCCAGAAAAGCCUCAACAAACAAGCACGAAACAUCCUCCUCCUCCUUCUUCCCCCACGAUCUUACUCGCCCCAACCCCCCUUCCUACAUGCUCACUGGCUCCCUCGACGGCACCAUCCGCCUCUGGCACGUGCCCAGCGGCCGCUGCGUGCACCGCUUCUUCGGCCACGUCGAGGGCAUCUGGUCGCUUGCCGCGGAUUCGCUGCGACUGGUGAGUGGGGCCGAGGACAAGACGAUUAAGAUUUGGGAUCCUAGGACGGGAAAACACGAGCGUACGUUGACGGGGCACACGGGACCUGUGACAUGUGUGGGGUUGAGCGAUGAGAGGGUUGUGAGUGGGAGUGAGGAUGGGAGUGUGCGGGUGCAUUGUUUUGUUUAA